AUGAAAAUCGAUCGAAAGAAGUUAGUAAAUAAGUGUGGUUAUGAUCAAACUGAAUGCCAGCUACUUGCUAAACGCCUAGCCACGCUUCCAGAUGAUGAAUUUUUGAAAGAAUUGCAGAAAAUUAAGGUGUGGAAUUAUGGGAAAUGCGAAUUGGGGCUUUGGUCGGAUGUUCUUGAUAGGCUUGAUGCAAUUCUUGAAGAUGCUACUACCAAGAUUGGUUCCUGGACUUUAAAAGUCGACUCUGCUGGAAAUGAAGAACUUGCUCAAAAUAUUGUUAUUGUUUUGGAAUUUACGAGCCAUUUGAUAGAACACAGCAUCUAUCGUUGUCUGUAUGGUUCUUGGAGCCAUAUUCUUUCCCUAUUCUCAACCAGCAAUUUGGAUAUCCUUUUAGCUGUUCUUGGGCUAGCAUAUAAUUUCAGUAAACGAAGCAAUUACUUUUCGCGGCUUGAUGAAUUUAACCGAACUCAAAUCAAUGAACGAUUAUCAGCCAUCGCCGAAUCGUGGGGCGGAGCAGAAAAAGGGUUCGCUUUAGCAUCCUGUUGCCAAGAUGAUUACAUUCCUCCAGAUGUUGGUAUGAUUACUUUUGAAUAUGCAACUGAUGUAUCUCCAAAUUCUUUGAUCCCUGAAAAUCGAGUUAUCAGUCAUAAUUUUCGCAAUUCCUUAUUAUCCCCGUCAGAAAUUAUGGAAGAGAUUUUACAGACACACAAAAUCCCUCCAUCUAAACAGAUGAUUCUUUUUUCCCGGCUUCGCAAUUCAGUUUACUACUCAGACUUUGAGAAGCGAAUGAAAUGCAUUAGAGCUCGACUCCAGGCUAUUUCAACCCUCUGUUAUGCCUUUCCCUGUGACGAAAGGAUAAUUUAUCCCGGCCUUUUGGAUGAAUUAGUUGAUGUUGUUCAGUUACCAGACGGUGAUGCUAUGUCUCUUAAGGCAUGUGCUCUAAGGACUAUGACAGCGAUAUUCAAUAUUCAACGAGGUAACAUGAAUAUGACCAGCAUUCUUGAAUCGACUGAAAUGUCUAAUUUUCAUGGUGCUCUCCCAACGCGAAUCCGUAAGUGGAUUAAGAGUUUGGUGGAUGGGACUUGUGAUGCUUCAGGUGGCAGCACUAAUCAACAAUAUACCAUCGCCUUACUCUCUUUUCUCUACCACCUGGCCACCUUUGAACAAAAUAUCGCCAUUGCUGGUGUAAAUGGUCGAACAAUGAGUUCAAAUGGAAUAUUAGAUUCGAUGAUGGAGUUGAUUGGCUGGCAUGUGCCUCGGAAUGAUUAUCUAAGCUACGUGACACGAGCCGUGCGAGUCACAGAUCAGAUCAUCUCCGGAAUCCCAAAUACGUCGCCAAUUCGUCAUAUUCUCCUCACACGUUUAAUUGAACGUCUUGACUACGAGACUGAUCUGGUUAUCUAUCCUCCACCACCUCAUUAUUACGAUACUCUUGAAGGGGAGUCUGCAAUAUUUGGGAAUGAGAGUGACUCCCCAGACUCCCUACCUCCUUUGGGUAUCCUAAACACUCAGCGUUCGGGUCUAAUGAAGUCUAUCCUGAAUCUUCUCAAACGCAUCUCCUCGGAGCAAAAUUGGAAUGAUGCCAUAACUGCGGUUAUGGUUUCUGAACAAUUGCCAAAUGUGCUCCACAAAAUCUACUCCAACAAAGCCUUCCUACAAGCUCCUCACCUUGUUCUCUUUGCAAUCGAAAUCAUCACAACUUUCAUCUAUGCCUUUCCCUCGAAUAUAUCCGUUCUACAGGAGAAGGGAGUGACAGAAAAGGUACUCGAAGCAUUGAUGGCAAGUCCUCUGCCAGCAUUCCGCGAAUUUCUAAUUCAACUCCCCGUCAUUUUGCGUUCGUUGACACUGAAUGCUGCGGGUAAGAAAGAUGUUUUAUCCUGUGGAAUCCUCGAGCGCUACGUGGAUACGCUGGUGAGCAAGGAUUACCUGGCUGUGAUGCGAUCCCGCCGUACUCGUGAUCCACCCAGCUACAACCAAGGCAAUCUCAACGGUUUGGGCUCGUCGAAUCAGAAUGUCCCCACCGGCGCAUUGGCUAUACAGAUGGCGCAGAACUUUCAAGAACUCAUUAGAGCGCAUCGCGAGUUCCGCGUGGUGGUUUAUAAUGCAAUUCUCCAGGGCUUUAAAAAGAUUCUUGCGAUGAGCGAAGAACCUGCUAAACUGAUUCCUACUGCUGCAGAGACUUCAGGAAGUGGAGGCAAUGGCGCUCAGAUAUACACUACAGCAUCGACCGGUGGUGCGUCGGCAGGAUUGGCCACCGGACGCCGUCGACGUCGACUUCAUAGCCAUCAUCAUCAUCAUGUCGGCGGUAGUGGUGGAGAUGGGGAAGGCAUGGAGAUUGACGUGGAUGUGAUGCAUGUUGGUGAUGACGAUGAUGUGGAAAUGGAAGGGGACAUGGACCAGACCUUGGUUCAGACUGGACCUAUCAACAUGCCUUCUUAUGUGACUCCUGACGUGGAAGAUACAAUUGAAGAUAUGCUUCUUUCUGGUAGUGAUGGAAACAUCAGUGAUGUGGACCCUCCACAAGACGAACGACAAACCCCAUCAAGUAGAGCUAUUUCUCCUCCUGCAUCAGCCUCGUCUUCGACCAAUCAACCAUCUGCUUCUGUUCCUCAACAUGAAUCUGCCAAUCAGUUCUACAGUGAUCCUAGCAUUGAGAAUCACAACAAUGUUUUAGACUAUAUUCUAAAUUUGUGCAAAUUCAUGGAACGUUUACAUGGUCUGGGACCCGACUGGGAUGCCACUUCAAGAGAUAUGCUCAGUGAGGACCAUCAAUUGCACUCUCGCGAAGGCAUUGAAACUGUCUUAAAUAUUCUCAUAAUGACCGGUUUGCCAUAUGAAUUCCCAAGUUCCUAUUCCUGUGCUGUCUUUGCUCAAUCCGUUUUGGUUCUCCUCAACCAUGUGCCUCCAUCUGAAGUUUUUCGAGCUCUCUUGGAUCGCUUGUGGAUUGUGCUUGUGGAAGCAACUUUGGCUUAUGAGGAGCUUAAGAAAAAGUUGCCUGGCGGUAGCAGAGACUACUUCUCGAGCAUGCUUUUGAACACAGAUAACCCAAACAGUUUGGAGAUGGAAUUCCUUCACAAUCUCUCUGUUCUCUCCUCCAUCAUCUGUAUUGUAGUCUACCUCAAUGUCCACAUGAAAUCCUCCAUGCGCAACUCAUUUCUUGAAAUUUGGUCUGAAAGGGAGUACUUACGCGAUCUUGGGCACCUGUAUCAGGAGGUGUCCUGGGAGGCUGCGGUAAUUCUCUCAAUAAUCCGCGAAGGGGCUCAUCAAAAAGGUGGAGCAGUGUGUGGCACUGACAUGGAAAUUAAUCCUGCAGACCAAGUCAAUGACCCGUCAGCUUCUGGUGACACUCGUAAUAUCUUCCCACGUUGUGUUGAAGGUCUGAGCUUCUUCAAAAUCAUCACUAUGUCUCUCAGUUCAAACGGACCAGUAACGAAUGCGCACCGAGUUCUCUGCGUGGCAGCUUGUUUCAUUAAUUCAGCGGCGGAGGUCUGCAAUACUCUCACCUGUCUCUGCACUUCAGCGAUCAUUUCUGAUCCUAAUAGUUCUGACUCCGGCGGUGCCACCGCUGCCACAGUGCGUCGGACAAACGCCGCCCCCGCCCCCGCCCCUGCCAGCGGCUUUGGUGAUAGUAGACCCGCGAGCGUCCAAUUCUCCCCCCGACCAUCCACCUCCGGAACAGACACAACUCGUCCCACAAGCAAUCCCAAAAUGGCCAUUAUUGCUCGAGUGGCUCUCUUCAUUGCCGAGACGUUUGUUUGGCGACCACCAACCCCACCUCCACCUACUUUCUCAAAGACUCGAAGUAGUCAGGCCAUUCCGCGUCUUCAACAUGCUCUCCAAUACUCGACUUUCCACCUGACUCACGUAUUCUUUGAUCAGACCUCUUCGACCCCUUUGCCAAACAACAUCAUUCUCAGGGCUUUUGCUCUUAUUGGCGGUAUGCAAUUUAUCUUUGAGUCAUUCAGCGAAUUCCUUAAACUCGUAAAUAACAAGGACUGCUAUGAUGAAGAAACGUUUUCAAAGGUGUUGGAGGGGAUGUUAGCGGAUAUUAAUCGUCUCACGGAUUUAACUUCACUUGCUACUGAUUCCAUUACUUCUCGAUUCUCCUUCGACUUGCCGAAGUAUUCCAAGUACAUAUUUACGUUACUCCUUGAACCGCUCUGUCUAAUUUGCGAGGGUGAUAUCUUGGAAAAGCUCACAUUCAGGAGCGUCGAGUCUCUCCUUAACAUCCUCAAAAACUAUGUGUCUUUUAUCUACGCUUCGGAUGAUCCCGAAACCCCAACCACAGAUGAUCCCAUCGCUGAAAUGGGCCUCGAUCAGGAGGACUUUGAAAGCUUUUUUAAUUCGGAAUCCACUAAUGCGUUGCUAGAAGGAAUUCGAGCCAUGCGACCUUCAAAAAGUCGCCUCUCUCUAAUACCCAAAGCCGAAGCCACAAAACUUGCCAGUUAUCUGAAGCAGAAUCUCUUUGAGGCUUGUUUCACAAUUGCCAAGCACUUCAACUCAGAUGAGACUAUUCAAAUGGUUGCUGAAGUUAUUGUCUCGAUCAAUGUGGAGUCUUCAAGUAUCGAGCGGUUGGUCAACAUUGUUUCUAGAGAGUUUAAGUCAUUUAAAAACCAGAUGACCUCUGUUGAAUUGUCUAAAGAUGCGGAAGUUGCACUUCAUCUACUUGCCGUCUACUUUAAUCGCUGCCGAUUCAUUUGCGUGAGAACUUUCAGUAAGCAUGGAAUGCCUGAUCUUCUCUACAAAAUCCUCAUCACCGUGGACACGGAAGCUGCUGAUCGCUAUUCUCCUCGUCUUUAUGCUCUCUGUGCGCUUCUUAUCAACCAAUACGAACGCUCCCUAACUGCUCUUCGACUUAGAAAGCGCGUAGUUAGCCUUUACAAAAAUCAGCAUUCCUGGGCAUGGUUUGAUGAGAGUGCAAAUCUCUGGCAUGAAUACGAUCCCACGGAAGUGCGGUCGGCAGACGAGGCUUUUCAUAAUGGAGUCUUUCGGAGCACCACCAAUGGACGGAGAACUCAAUAUUUGGAAUUUGUGCCCAUGAUUCAAAUGAGCGAUAGUCGUGUCAGUAGGCCUAUUCUUCUUUUCCCCAAGUUUCUCUCCCCGAAAGAAAAACCGAAUGAUCCUUUACAAACCGGCAAGAUGACCCGAUACGAGGAGAAAAUUCUCUAUGAAGACGAGGAGUGUGGUCAAGAACUCUACCAGUUGUCCUUAUCUCAGCGAAAGGCUCUGUGCUCUAUUAUUGUGAAUAGUUUUGCAAAAGGCAAAUUGGAUGUCGUCUGCAGUGAUAACUUUCUUCGUCUCCUCCUUCGCUUUGCUGCUACAAGCUUCGAUGAUGCCGAGACGAUUGUCAAAUCAAAUGUUCUCAAGGUUCUCUUUGACUACUCGCCACCAGAUAAUUGGAAAUUGACCUACAGGUGUUUUCUGGCUCACUUGAUCAGGCAGCUCUUUUACAACCGAAAGGCAUUGAAAACCAAGAUGUCGGAGGUUGUGGGACAGAUUUUCCAAGGCUCAUCAACCCUAAUGCAAUGGACUUGUAGAGAUCUAUUCUUCUCUCUUGCUGCUGUGGCUCCUCUAAUGGCAAGAAAUGAAGAAUUGGCCCUGGAGGUAUUCAAGGAGCAUGUUCAACUCCUAAUUCCUGACGAUAGCGUAGAGGAUGGUUGUCUGCCAAGAUCGUAUCUGAUAGAGAAGAAUCCUAGUGUUGAUACAAUUCCUGACGUUCCUGAGAAGUUGAACGACCGUCAGAGAAUGAUCGUGUCAUUUCUAGUCGACAGAAUUACUACAAGACCAGUGUCCGAAGAGCCUCAAGCAUCGACUAGUAAGCCGAGCGACAAAGUUAUAUUUGAAAGGGAGAUUUGUUUGAAUGUCCUGACGGAUCUGAUGACGACUUGCAGAUCUGUUGCAGAAUGUCUUUGCAAAAUGAAAACAUUCAUUACCUACCUUUUCACGCACGGUCUUCGUGGGGCAAACAGCAAUUCCACUAUCAUUCUCCUGAUGUCAAUGAUCUUUUUUGCUUCAUCGGCGACACAAGGAUCAGUAAUAUCUGAUUUCAAGUCGACUUUGAGGACUAUUUUCAACUCUUCCUCCUACACUCAAGCUACUGACAGUGAAGAAUCAAUGUGUAACAAUCAGCAUAUUAUUGGUCUAAUGCAAUUCCUCAGGGGAACAGUUAACCUCCCCCAACCCAUUCAAGUCACUAUUAUUCGACACAUCUUUAAACGCCAGGUUGCUGGGGAUUUGGCCAAGUUGCUUGCUGUAGUGAACUGCAAGGUUUCUAACGGCAUCGAAGCUCUUAACCUGAUUAUGAAGAUGCUAGAAACAUUCACUCAAAUUGAGAGCCAGCUUUUGCGUCGCGGAGAUGCUGCGUUGGGUAACACUGAGCCUCAAGUCUCCGUUGUCACAACAGUUGCCGAUGCAAUGAUGCACACAGCGGCUGAAACCUUGCAACCGCUCGCUUCAGCUCUUGUCCCAACAAUUGUGGAAUCUGUAGACUCUGUUCAUCCCGCCCCUACAACGACUACUUCAUCACAAAGACAGCCUUCCACAGCUACUCAGCAUCAUCAUCAUCAUAUUACGGAAGAAGGUGACACUUGGGCCGAAGCGGAAGAUGCUAGUGAAAUGGGUGAUACAACGGUGGAAGAUAGUGCCGCGAUCCUCAUCUCAGACGAGGGGGGAGUUCAAACUCUUGGAGAAAAUGCAGGAGGUGGCAGAGGCAAUCAUGAUGGGGACAAUACGGAUGGUGAUGAUGACGAUGUCGAUAAUUACCACCAUGCAGACGACGGGGACGAUGAUGAAUUAACAAGUGAAGAGAGCCAUAGUCAAGGGAGUGUUGAUGAUGACCACGGUGGUGAAGAUGAGGAGGGAGACGAAGAAUCGAAUCAGGAUGAGGGGGAUGAUGGGGAUCAGGAUGACGGCGCCUUUACUGACGGCAAUGACGAUGAUGAUGACGACGACGAUUUUCAGAACAAUCAGAGAACGGCACUUGUUACAGAUGGUGGCUCACCCCAUGUAAAUCUUAUCAACAACCUCAUGAGCCAUGUCUUUGACGUUGCAAACACUGAUGGAGGUACUGCACAUAUCCAGAAUCGUCAAAAUGACCGUGGUUUCGUUCUCCAAUUCACAACUGUGAGUGGAGGAGAUGAUAUCUUACCCGGGGAUCGACUUAUCGACCUUGUUACUGAAGGCUCUGCGAGAUACAAUUUUUUGGGCCAUGGAUCCUCCUUCUUUUUGGGCGAAACCAAUGCUGCAACUGGCCGUGGUGCCUCCCAUUCGCUUCAAAACAUUUAUCGUAUGUCUAAUCUCGCUAUUCCCUCUAGAGCUCCGCUUAUUUUCCUACCUCCUACCGCAAAUGGUACAAACUUAGGUUCAGGCAGUGGUGGAGUGUCUGAUGCCUCAAAUUCAAGUGGAAGUGUCAAUCUUAGACAACUUCGGUACAAUGUUACAUCUGCAUCGAGAAGAGAUACUUCAGGAGGUCCAAAUUCUGCUUACCUGGCUCUCCUUUCAAACAACAGUAGAGGAGCUAUUGCUAGACUUGGAGCGCUUGCUAAUACGCCUAUUCUUAUUCGAAGUAACUUUGUGGCCUCUGGUCAAACACCUGGGUAUCUCUCUCUAGCUCAACCAAAUCACAUGCACCCUCUGCAGCCUCCCUUUUCACCUCUUCUUAACGGUGCUCCCCGUCAAUACCGUCGAAGACAAUAUGCUCAAGGUGGUUCCUCUUCAAUUCCUACUACUACACAAAGAAGUCGUGUUCAGGAGACGAGUGAUGUAGUUGGAGACAAUCUAGCCAUUGGUAUGCUAAUGGACCUUGAGGACAUUAGCUCACAUGCAAUAAAUGAGCUGACUCAUAAUACUAGCAAUGGCUUGUCUGGUGCUGCUGUGGGCACUGUAUUGCCCCUCAAUGCAUUUUUCAGCGUUCUCUGCACCUAUAGGCACUUUUUGGCAACUGCACAAAUUCUUUGUGGUCAAGAACUCAUGGACAUGGUUCUCCUUGCUCGACACGAAGUCGGUGUUUACGCCGAGGAAGAAAGAAGAAUGCGUUUUCAACUAAAAACGGAGGAGUUCCAACUUAGACAGUCUGCUAUACAAUCGGAAGAAAUUACCGCAGCAGAACGGCAGGAAUCUACUACUAUGGGUGAUCCUCAGCAAAAAUCGACAGAACUGCCGGUUGAACAUGAACACACGACAUUGGAGCCUGUGAUUACUACUAAUGAGCCGGCGUUUCACCAGAGACCAGAGGAACUGGCAACUCCAGUUGUAAGACUUGUGGAUAUUGGACCACGGUUAACUACAAGUGUUGAAAGGCUUCUCACUGAUCUCAUCUCCUCGGAUAUU